CUUUUUUCUUUAUUAAACAUGGACGACAUUCGUUUAUUAAUCAAGCGUAAUUCUCCUCCUGCAUUGGCAGUGCAAACCAUCCGAUCUGCCCUUGCAAUGAAUCCAACAGCUUGUAGAAGUAUUAUUAAUGACUUUACACGUCCUCUCAAGGAACAGAAACGAUUUAUUCGUAAAUUCGAUAAUGAACACUGGAAAGGAAGCUUGAUAAUGUCAGAAAUGAUACGAUGUGAUGAUGAAACUGCCCUUAAACGGUUACAAAAGGCUGAUAUCGUCAUUUUUGAAAUCCAUGGAGGUGGAUUUAGGGCAGGACAUAGUACGAUGUAUAUGGAUUCUUUUAUCAGUUGGCUGAGGCUUUUCAAGAGCAAAUACAAUCUCUAUGCAUGCAUCAUGUCUGUUGAAUAUGGAUUAGCUCCCAAGUACAAAUAUCCUGAGCCUGUUCACCAAUGUGUCUCUGCUUACAACUAUCUGACGAACCAUCUCGGUGUUUCUCCUUCUAAAGUUGUCUUCUCUGGAGACUCCGCAGGCGGGGCUCUUGUCAUAGAGACACUGAUAAGAACUUAUGCACCUGGCAUCUUGGAUAACCUUGAUGCACCCAGGACAAACUUUGAUCUUCCUUUGCCUGCUGCAGCUUUGUUAUCAUCUCCUUUGGUAUCACCCGAUACAACGCAGGAGUCGUGGAAGAAAUAUGAAAAGAAGGAUAUCAUAUCAUUGUCUCUAGCAAAAUCCGUAUUUAAGGAAUACUUGGAUUUGCCAAAUGUCAAGAUGGAGGACUUGCCCAUCCUACGAAUAAGUCAAAUCAAUAAUCAUUUCGAUAGAUUCUUGCCAAAGAAUGUACUUGUGAUUGCUGGCAUCAAGGAAGUCUUGUAUGAUAGUAUCAUCCAAAUGGUAGACUUUAUAAAGCAAGAUGGCAAAAUCAAUCUUACCUUCCUCGAAGAGAAUCUUUUGCACGACUGGUUCCUUAUUCAUGAGGUUAUCAGCAAGAAAGAUAAAGGAGUCAUUCAAAAAUAUGAUGAACUCUUUGUUGACUUUGCAGUGAAAGCUGUUAAAGAAGCACGACAUGCUUUAGUAACACAAACAAAGGGAACAGUCCCAGAGCCUUUGAAGAGCAACAACGAUAACAACAUUGAUGUGGACUCUGUGCAAGAAAAGAUAAUUCCAGAGAUUAUUGAAAAGUUGGAAACGCCUUUUGUAUUGCUCGAAGAUGCCAAGUUCCCCAAGCCUGCAAUCUAUAAACCAAACACUAUUCUGUCAGACUACGCUAUUGUAUCAGAUGAGCCUAGUGCUAACCAGAAUACUGCUAUUGCUUCAUAAAAAAUAAACAUUUUUUAGUAUUUAUGCUGCCACAUUUGUCUGGUGGGCCAAGUCUGGUUUUUUACGUCAUUGUUGCUUUGCGUUGCCAAGAGUAAGAGAGAUUAUUGGCGCACUCCCUUGCGCAUUACCAAAUCUCAAAACAGUGGCACUGCCUUCUCAUGGAG